AUGGCGGCUGGAGGACGACUCUGUAGGUUCCCUAAGGCCUAUCCUGGUGUAUGCAACUCCAGAAUGUGGCAGCUCAUAAACCUCUUACUGUUUGUGGCCACCUGGGAAAUUUCUGGCACACCAGCUACUCCUGAUUUGGUGUUCUUCAGUGGAGAGCAUGCCCACCAAGUGCUACGGAUCCACAAGCGUGCCAACACCUUCCUGGAGGAGCUCAUGGCAGGCAACCUGGAGCGGGAGUGCAUGGAGGAGACCUGUGACCUGGAGGAAGCCCAAGAGAUUUUCAAAAAUGUGGAUGACACGCUGGCCUUCUGGUUCAAGUACCUCGACGAAGACCAGUGCGCGUCACUGCCGGCUGAACACUCCUGCGACAGCCCAUGCUGCGGGCACGGCACGUGCAUCGAUGGCAUCGGCAGCUUCCGCUGCGAUUGCGCCCGGGGCUGGGAGGGCCGCUUCUGCGCACACGAGGUGCUCUUCUCCAAUUGCUCGGUGGACAACGGUGGCUGCGCGCAUUACUGCUCGGAGGAGGAAGGCGGGCGCCGCUGCAGUUGCGCCCUCGGCUACCAGCUGGGUGACGACCUCAGGCAGUGCGAGCCCGCAGUGAAAUUUCCAUGUGGGAAGACAGUGAAGAAGAAGCGCAGUAAUUUGAAGCGUGAUGUAGACCAAGUUGAUCCACGUCUUGUCAAUGGGAAGUUGUCCGGAUGGGGAGAGAGUCCCUGGCAGGGGAUCCUGCUGGACUCCAAGAAGAAGCUGGCCUGCGGGGCAGUGCUCAUCCACCCCUCCUGGGUGCUAACUGCGGCCCACUGCAUGGAAGGCACCAAGAAGCUCAUCGUCAGACUCGGGGAGUACGAUCUGCGGCGCUGGGAGAAGUGGGAAAAAGACCUGAACAUCCAGAGUGUUUUCAUCCACCCCAACUACAGCAGGAGCACGUCUGACAAUGACAUCGCACUGCUGCGCCUGGCCAGGCCUGCCACCCUCUCACAAACCAUUGUGCCAAUCUGCCUUCCAGACAGUGGUCUCUCAGAGCGUGAGCUCACCCAGGUUGGCCAGGAGAUGGUGGUGACAGGCUGGGGCUAUGGCAGCGAGACCAAGAAGAACCAUACCUUCAUCCUCAGCUUUAUUAAGAUUCCCUUGGCCCCACGCAAUGAGUGCAUCCAGGCCAUGCACAAUGUGAUCUCGGAGAACAUGCUGUGCGCAGGCAUCCUUGGGGACCCACGGGAUGCCUGUGAGGGUGACAGUGGUGGGCCCAUGGUCACUUCCUUCCAUGGUACUUGGUUCCUGGUGGGCCUUGUUAGCUGGGGUGAGGGCUGUGGGCGCCUGCACAACUAUGGCAUCUACACCAAAGUCAGCCACUACCUUGACUGGAUCCAUAGCCAUGUUGGGGCCAAGGAAGCUUCCCUUGAAAGCCAGACUCCAUAG